AUGGCUGCCAACGGCUAUCAUCCAAGUACAACAAUCCGUCCGCUGAGGGCUGGGAUAUAUGCCCCCAUUCUUACCUUUUUUGCACCGGAUUCUGAAGAUCUGGACAUUCCUACCUUUGAGUCUCAUGUUACACGUCUUGCAGCUGCAGGAGUGGGACCUCUCAUUGCAGGUUCCAUGGGAGAAGCAAUCCAUUUAUCUCACUCCGAAAGGGUGAAACUCAUUCACGCGGCCCGGAAAGCGCUCGACAACGCAGGUUUCGGACAAGUCCCUAUCAUUGCCGGUACUGGGGCGGGGAGUACAAGAGAGACGCUAGAGCUUACGAACGAGGCAGCAGCAGCCGGUGCUGAUUAUUGUAUUGUCAUUGCGAGCGGAUACUUUGCUGCUGCGUUGGCAAAUAACAGAGCUGCAUUGAAGGCUUACUUUGUUGAGGUCUCCGAGAAAAGUCCAAUUCCAGUGAUGAUCUAUAACUAUCCUGGGGCAAGCGGCGGGAUUGAUUUGGACUCUGAUCUAAUAACAGAACUUGCCAGAGAGUGUCCUAAUAUCUGUGGAGUUAAACUCACUUGCGCCAAUGUUGGGAAACUCACAAGAAUUGCCGAUGCCAUUGCAGAUCCAUCUUUUUAUGCUUUACACCCACGUAAGAAUAAUAAUGCACCUUUCCUUGUUUUGGGCGGGUAUAUCGAUUUCCUGGUCCCAUCUUCCUAUGCAAAUGGCCACGGCGCUAUUACUGGUCUUGCAAAUCUAUUUCCAAACGCUAUUGUGCACUUAUUCAAGCUUUCUGAAGCUUCGAAGAAGGACCAGUCCAUUCUCGCCGAAUCUCAGCGUGUCCAGGGAAUAAUUGCCCGGGCGGACUUCACUAUCUCAAAGGCCUCAAUUGCUGGUACGAAAUACCUUUUGGAACGAACACAAGGAUAUGGAGGUCUACCAAGGAAGCCUCUUUCUCCUAUUGAAUCUGCUGCGGCACAAGCUCUUUGGGAACACGCGGAUACACAAGCUGCCCUCAAACUAGAACGUGAACUUAUUGGAAAAGUACAUGCUUGA